GAGCCGCCGAGAGGCAGCCUGGGGCCGCCACUCACGUCGGCGAGGAGGAGCUGGCGGCCGGACCCAGCCAGAUGGAGAGGAAACCCGAGCCGAGGACCCGCCAGGUGUGGAGACCAACGCCCGCACGGCUCACCUCCGAAGAGGCGGGGCGCGCGGCUGCCGAUUACCGGCAGGGGCGGAACCGGCCGGGAUCACCUGGGCCCAGGCGGAACUGAGGGGUCGGGUCACCGCACGAAGAACACCGAGACUCACCUGUGCGGGGACCGGAGGCGGGGCCGGCCCCCACCCUCACCGAAGCCGGCAGAAACCUCGGCCGGGAGCGGCCCCCGGGCUCGCCCUGCGCGCUGGGGCGGCGCCCCCGCUGGCCACCUCCUAGCGGCACUCCGCCCGUCCGCGCGUCCGUCCCGGCGCGGCCGCCAUGACCUGGAGCGCCACGGCCCCGGGCGCCCACCAGCCCGACAACACUGCGUUCACGCAGCAGCGCCUCCCCGCCUGGCAGCCGCUGCUGUCGGCCAGCAUCGCGCUGCCGCUCUUCUUCUGCGCGGGCCUGGCCUUCAUCGGCCUGGGCCUGGGCCUCUUCUACUCCUCCAAUGGCAUCAAGGAGCUCGAGUACGACUACACGGGCAACCCGGGCACCGGCAACUGCUCGGCGUGCGCCCUGGCCGACCAGGGCCGCGCACCGCCGCUUCGCUGCUCGUGCGCCUGGUACUUCUCGCUGCCCGAGCUCUUCCCGGGCCCCGUGUACCUCUACUACGAGCUGACCAAUUUCUACCAAAAUAACCGGCGCUACGGAGUGUCCCGCGACGACUCGCAGCUGAGCGGGCUGCCCAGCGCGCUGCGCCACCCGGCCAACGAGUGCGCCCCCUACCAGCGCAGCGCCACCGGCCUGCCCAUCGCGCCCUGCGGCGCCAUCGCCAACAGCCUCUUCAACGACACCUUCUCGCUGUGGCACCAGCGCCGGCCCGGCGAGCCCUACGUCGAGGUGCCGCUCGAUCGCACCGGCAUCGCCUGGUGGACCGACUGCCACGUCAAGUUCCGCAACCCGCCGCUGGUGAACGGCAGUCUGGCGCUGGCUUUCCACGGCACCGCGCCCCCGCCCAACUGGCACAGGCCGGUCUACGAGCUGAGCCCCGACCCGAACAACACCGGCUUCAUCAACCAGGACUUCGUGGUGUGGAUGCGCACGGCGGCGCUGCCCACGUUCCGCAAGCUGUACGCGCGCAUCCGCCAGGGCAACUACUCGGCCGGGCUGCCGCGCGGCGCCUACCUCGUCAACAUCACCUAUAACUACCCGGUGCGAGCCUUCGGCGGCCACAAGCUCCUCGUCUUCAGCAACAUCUCGUGGAUGGGCGGCAAGAAUCCCUUCCUGGGCAUCGCCUACCUGGUCGUGGGCUCCCUGUGCAUCCUCAUGGGCUUUGUCAUGCUGGUGGUCUACAUUCGCUACCAGGACCAGAACGACGAGGAGGAGGACGAAGAAUGAUUCCGGCUACUUGCCAAACAAAACUCUGGCAGGCUUCGUAGGCUUCUCCCCCUCGAUUCCAAUCCCAAUUCCAACCUCUCCUCACUUUUCCUCCUGUUGUGAUGAGGGGACCAGAGGGAGGAAUUAUACCCACUUGCUGGGGUGUUUGGAUGGCAGAAUGAGACGAUCUUAACAAAUUCUCCCCAUCUUCACGAUUUCCCAAGUUGACCUGUUAGGUUCUUAAAGUCUUCGGCAUCUGAGCAUGGAAGGGACGGUGGAGAUUCCUUGUUCAACUUCUAUCUGAUGAGAAGACUGAGACCUAGAGACGUUAAAUAACUUAUUCAAGGUCACGUAGCCACUCGUUGGCUCCUGACUCUGACUCUUUUAUCACUACAACACAGUGGUUUUCUUGCGGGGAGGGGGGCUGGAGGAGAGAGUAAAGCCCUCAAAUAACUUCCAGAGGUGUGGAGGGGUGGGAAAGAAUAUAUUUGUGAAAAAUGUAGACAGAUUAGGAAGCACUAUCCCCAGAUGCUGACACACGCAGGAGUGCACCUCCUAAAGCUGUAUUUUAACAAGCCUGUCUGGAGAUCCCUCCUGUAUUCCCUCAAAUUCUGGAAUCACUGCCCUGAACCAGGAAGCAAGUAGAAUACUGGCUGUUUCCCUGUUUUCUCAUGUGUCUGAGGUUGGGCCUGAAGCAGUCAUGUGAGGUUUUCAGGUAGUCAUUUGUUCCCAGGGGCUGUAACAAUCAUAAUGUUUCAAGUUUGGUCUACAAUCCUGCCUUCAAUAUGGAAAACACUCCAUAAGUUGUGGAAUGAGUGAAAAAUAACUUGCUAUCUCUAGAAAUCUGGCAUAAAGAUUUGCAAAACAGGGUUUGUAUCAAUUUAUUUAAUAUUGGAGGGUUAAAGUGAAAAAAAAAAAAACCCAAACACUUUGCCAAGUACUGUGUAGAAACUUGAAAAUGCCAGGUCACUUUGUAUAGCUUGGAGUGAAUGUUUUAAACUUAGAAUCAGAUAGAUGGAAGGGGUCUUAGAGGGAAAAUGAUUUCCCUAAAGUCAUACCUGUGUCUCCUGACUCCUGACUUGGUCCUCUUCAUCAUCUAAAUUAUUUUUUAUGCUUAGAGAAAAAAAGUUUUCCUUCAUGCGUGUAUUUUCCCUGGAGUCUAAGAAAAAAACUUUUUAAUCUAUGUUCUCAAGUGAAGCAUGUUUGUUUGUAAUAAUGGUUUAAAGGAAUGCUAAGGAAUAUAGUCCUAUAUGUUAUCUAGAAUCUUAAGAAUUAUUUGAAACUUCAAGAUAAUUUUAAAGUCUGACUACUCUAAAAUUAUCCUAAUGUAUAGAAAGUUAUUCUAAGCUAUAGAUUUAAAAAAAAAAACACCUUCUUUUUAUGGCAAAACAAAAACUCCUUAGUGAUAUCCUCUUAACCAGUUUAUUUCCUGAAAGUAAACGAUUAUUUGGUAUUCUGUCAAAAUCGUCCAGUGCCUGCUCUCUAUUAAAGCUACUUUCCAGGGGUGCCUGGGUGGCGCAGUCGGUUAAGCAUCCGACUUCAGCCAGGUCACGAUCUCGCGGUCCGGGAGUUCAAGCCCCGCGUGGGCUCUGGGCUGAUGGCUCAGAGCCUGGAGCCUGUUUCCAAUUCUGUUUCCAGUUCUGUCCCCGUUCAUCCUCUGUCUCUCUCUGUCCCAAAAAUAAAUAAACGUUGAAAAAAAAAAUUUAAAAGCUACUUUCCAGUUACUACCGUUUUUGCUCAUGCCUGUAAGGUAUUAUGAGACUUUGAUGUAUUUUUUUAAGUAGCCAAAGACUAUUGAAUUGUAUUGAAUUAUUUACAUUAAUUUUAUUAUACUCUAUUCUAGUUCUCUGAAAAUUAAUAAUUGAUGGACAGCAUGCAUUUAACUGACCUCUGUCUCAGACCUUCUGGAACAGUCGUGAUUUAAUAUUCUGUCCCACUAUUUUACGUAAACCAAAAAAUAUUUUAGCAAUUCUCGUGUGUUGGCUUCCCAGUCCCAGAAUGUGACACAAUUUUAUUGUCAGAUUGCAUAUUGCGAUUUUAGACUAUGAAAAUAGGAUCAUUAUAUGUAUAUAAGAUAAUUUUUAUUUAUUAUGAAUGUUGGAUCAAGCAGCUUACUAGCCUAGCUUUCUUUAUGUUGGGUAAGAGAAUUUACUAUUUUCUUACUAUGUGGUCGAGAGCAACCAUGUGUUUUGCUAUCAUUUUAACAAUAUUCAGUCCAUUGCUCUAAAUUGUUUAAUGAGACCACAAAACUUAAGGGGUUCUGAUUAAAUCAAUGAAUGUGGUUCCAGGCCCUAUUCUCUGGAUUUUUGAAAGAGAAGAAAGGUUAUGUUUGUCUUACCUUUGUUAUCACAUUUGCUUAAUUCUUUUGAACUAUGGUCUUAAAGGCACAAACAGUACCAACCACUUUGUUCAUGUGUUAUUAGCAGGUUUUUAUUGCAGCAAGAAAAUCAUCUUUCAAAAUAAGGCUCAGAGUAAAUGCAGUCUUUCAGUGUUAACUUCCUAAAACAGAAUUUGAACUUAUGUGAACAUCAACAUGUAAUACGAAUUAGAUGAUCUUCAACUAUUACUUAAAUUUGGUAAAAUGUGGUCAAUGUAAAAAAUAAUAUGAAAUUUUAUUAAAGAAUAUGAUUGUAGUA